GUUAAAUUAACUAAUAAUACAUAUUUUAUUUAUUAUAUUAUUUACAAACGUAUACAAAAUAUCAUAUAACUUUUGUUACGAUAUGGACUACUCUAUAAAGACAAAAUAAACAGUUAAAUGCAUACAGUUUAGAAGGACGAAAAGCCGAGUUCAGUGUGAACGACCAAUAAAACGGAUUCACGGGCAUGAAGAGCUACUUCGUCAAUAGUAUUAGCAGCGUAACGCUCAGCCGAAGAGUCCUCGAGUUCGCUCAAUAAGUGUCGAUUAAGUGGCAGCACUACCUCAUCUCACCAUUCGAUUGAAAGAUUAAAAGAUCCAAUCGCCACCCCAGCCGUUCGGGGGCUCUCGGACAGCACCGUUAGGCUUCGCCUGUGUCCCUCUUAGAUGAUUGGCUAGCGAAGCAAUGGGGUGAGUGAUGACGUGUGCGAGCGAAGUUUUCGCGCUGGAAUACCAGUUGUGGUGGAGGAGUUCAACAGUGAGGUCGCUUGCUGCAGUCGAGAUGUUGGCAGCUCCGUCGCCGCGCACCGUCCGCCUUCAGGAUGAGUCCGGCCAAUCGCAGCCCACUGUGCGAGGCGAACGAAUCUCAUCCCGGCGUCACGAUAACAGACAUGGACACGGUGCAUGAAGAAAACGAUAAUGACAGUGAUGAAUCGUCGUACUCAGAUCUAGGUCGGCUCCGAGAGCGUACUAAAGCGAUGCUCGGAACCCCUGCAGAUCCGCUGAUCCAGCAUUCACACUCGCAGCCAAACAGCAGGAGAAUGUCCUCGGAUAUCGAAACCAAACAGUUAGCGGCCAAUCUCAAUACAAGACGUCCAUCCGCAAUUAUAGCAGCAUUCCGACGACCAUCGCAAGCAUUAGCGCUAUGUGCUGCCACACAACGUCGCUUCCUGUCUGAAUUGACACCGCAUUCGAGGGCAUCCAUGGCCUCUACAAUACAUGAAACAGCACCAUCGGCUGCGGAGAUUUUAGGGCAUGAAGCUUUAAGCAAAGCGUUGUCCGCUUUGUAUGCAAAGUUGCUCGUUGUGUUGGGCUUAGCUUUUCCAGUCACUGAAGUGAUAGCUAAGGGCGUGCCAGACGGAUAUUAUCAGGGAUUUUAUUUGUACCUGUAUUCAGUAUCAGUUCUAUUUGUCGUUUUUCAAUACGCAAAUAUAAUGCGACAGAAGGCGGUGACUAUGAUCAUAAGUAACUACGGUCCAGAUGGCGAAAAAGAAGACAAAGGUAGAACAACUCCGGCAGAAAAAUUAAAAAUAAAAGAAACAAUCUCUCGAUACGGAAGCUUUUAUUUGAGACUUGGUGCUAUCGCGUUCGGUAUAGGUUCGAUGGUGUACAGUGGCUUAGAAUUUGGGGAAUAUUUCGAGAUGACAGACCAAUGCCGUUCCAUACUGGCAGUCAUUACGCCAGCCCUAAGAAUGACUUUAACUUUAGCACAAAUGCAAUUUAUAUUCCUCACGAACAAAGACAUAGAGUUGGGAAGCCACAAGAUGAUCCAAAGGUUCGGUUUCAUGCACAUGUUGGCAACUAAUCUAUGCGAAUGGCUAUACGUGCUAGUUGAAGAAACUAAACAUGAAAUACAUCAUUUGGAGCACGCCAUGCUGUCUCCAGAAAAUACUACUCAUAACGUUACGGAAGAGAUAUCCUGUCGAAGAUCAAAUAUAAUGGGUGCUCUAUUACAACGUGCCUCACCAUUUCUCUUUCCUUGUACGAUAGAAUAUUCACUUAUCUGUGCGGUAAUUUUUUAUGAAAUGUGGAAAGAGAUAAAAUGUACACCGGAGGAUUUUGAAAAAAAAUUCCACGUCCACAAAAAUAAAUCACGAAACAACUCCGUUACGCCGGAGAAAAUUUUGCAGCAGUUUGCCGGUAUGCUUGGUGUGAGCUCUCCACACGGCAGUCGCACCGCCCUACAUCACUUCUCUGUGGAUUGUUCGCACGCACACCGGGGACUCUCCGCUGGUGUUCUCAUCAUCGUCCUCACCAUUAUAUCGCUCAUCAUGUUCUUCGUAUUAGCUAACAAUCCAGAUACUGUAAUCGAUGCUAUAUUUGAAGUUAAUGUUUGUGAGUUGGUUUUAUACACGAUGACAUUAAUAGCUGCCGGUGCCGCAUUAUUACAAAUGCGUGCUCUUCCUUAUAAAAGAAAAUCUCAAGCUGUAUUAGGUCUAGACACAUCACUACUGAUCUUGGCUCAGACCGGUAUGUUCGUGUACUGUAUGUUCAGUUUGAUCGGAUGUCAUCAUACUAUGAACAGCAAUAACAGUUCCGGGUAUACUGGUUUCUUCUCAGAGUUCUUAUCUCUCAUACAGACAAUACUGCAGUCUUUAUUUAUCAUCGAUGCUUGGUGGCGGCGAUGCAGCAAUUCAGAGCAACGGCGAGCGAAGCCGGGACGACAAUUAGUCACAUUCUUGCUCGUGGCAAACAUGGCGAUGUGGACCAUCAAUACACUAGAAAAGAAUAGAGCCGAGUUUCGUCCAGCACAUCUGGCUUUCUACGGACCUUGGGCGUGGACAAUAAUCACGCAUGUUUCGAUGCCUCUCGCUAUUUUCUACCGCUUUCACUCCACUAUUUGUCUAUUCGAGAUAUGGAAGAAUUGUUUCAAAAACAAACCAAUAUACUUAAAUGUUUAGUAGAAAAUACUGUACGGAGGUCAAUGCGAAAAAUGCAAUUAUAAAUGAUU